AAACACAGUUGGUUAGUGAGUUGUUGCGCGAGAAAGACGUGUGUUGAGACCGGAGUUUAAUAAUCACGAGAGGGAGAGAUUGUUUUUGGCACCUACAAGAAGUUAAAAUCUCUAGGGCGCACCUAUAAUUUUAAAUAAGUUUUUUUCUAAGAAACAUAAAAAAAGAACACAGCAAAAAUGAGACAGUGUUUAAUUGUGGUUGUUGCUAUUGUCGGAAUCGCCGCCGCCCAGGAAAGCUUCAAAUGCCCAGAUGACUUUGGCUUCUACCCACACCACACAUCAUGCGACAAAUAUUGGAAAUGCGACAACAAUGUGGCCGAGCUGAAAACAUGCGGAAAUGGGUUAGCCUUCGAUGCAUCUGAUUCAAAGUACCUGACAGAAAAUUGCGAUUACAUUCACAAUGUCGACUGCGGCGACCGCACCCAACUCGAAGCACCAAUUGGUACACACCACUGCCCACGGUUGUACGGCAUUUUCGCCGAUGAGAACAAAUGCGAUGUCUUCUGGAACUGCUGGAAUGGCGAAGCUUCACGGUACCAAUGCUCACCUGGUCUUGCCUACGAUCGCGAAGCCCGUGUCUGUAUGUGGGCUGACCAAGUGCCAGAGUGCAAGAAUGAGGAAGUUGCCAAUGGAUUUGCUUGCCCUGCCCCGGGUGAAAUCACAAAUUCCGGUACAUUCUCGAGACAUGCUCACCCUGAUGACUGCCGCAAGUACUACAUCUGCCUCGAGGGUGUUGCCCGCGAAUACGGAUGUCCCAUUGGUACAGUAUUCAAGAUUGGUGAUGCCGAUGGUACUGGCAAUUGUGAAGAUCCAGAGGAAGUUCCCGGAUGUGAAGAUUAUUACGGCGAUCUGGACUUGAAGAGCAUCCGCAAGAGUGAAUUGCUGGCCGGGCUUAAUCAAGAUGGACCUCGUCCAGCUACUAAGAAUAACAGCAAACCACGCCCGCAAGGAGUCAAGGAGGCCUAAAAUGUCUCCACCAACCCCUCAAUUUUUCAACCACCUUCUUGUACCAUACUUUCUCCUCUUCCCCUUCUUCCUAUGUCCUUUCUCAGAGACCUCAAAAAAUAAAUUCUCUUUUCAUCCUUUCUCGCUCUGUUUUAUCCCGAGAAUUUUCCUCUUUCUCCUCUCUUAAUUUAGGGAUGUCCAAUGAAAAAAGGAGAAAAACUUUUAUGUAAUUUCGAAAAAUUGGAGAAUUGUCACCAAUAUUGGAAAUGUUCAUUUUCUUUUUUUUUACCUUUAAUGUUAAGUCUCCAAGAUGAAACAAAAAAAAUUAAUAUGAAAAUUAAUUUAACAAAAUGAAUCAACGUUAAUAAGAACCCAAACUUAUAGACUGUUUUAUAAAUAAAUGUUAGAACUUUUAAUUUUUAUUGAUGAUCUUUUUGUUAGAUGAGAAAAAUCAACAUAAAAAAAGUUAUAAAUAAAUUGCCGAGCGAAAUAACUUGAAACCAUUAAUAAUUAUUCGCAAAAUGUCAAUUUAGUUGCAGAAAAAAAAAACACUCGAAAAUUCACACACAAAAACUUUUUUGUAUAUUUUUCGAUACACUCAACAUAUGAGAGAUACUUAUGAAAAAAAAAUUAAUUAAUUUUAUUUAUUGAUAUUUUCUUUUUUCCCCUUUUUGUUUAAUUAGAGCUACAACAGACAAAAAAACAUGAAAAAAUACUCUGAAUCAGUUGAAAAAAAAAAACUAAUUUCUAUCCAUGAAGCAUUUUUUGUGAAAAUGUAGACAAAAAUUGGUGAAAUAAAUAAGAAUAAAACACAACACAAAA